AUGGAUGUGCUGCGAUUACUAGUGAGAGACACUGAAGGUGUUGUCGACACCUGUGAAGCAACAAAUGAUUUCGAUGGUCGUAUUAACUUAAGAGUUUUAUCAAUCUUUAUGAUUAUGAUAUCAUCAGGGUUGGGUGUAUUCUUCCCACUUCUAGCCUCUAGAUACUCAUUCAUAAGGCUUCCGGAAUGGUGCUUCUUUAUUGCAAAAUUUUUUGGAUCAGGUGUCAUUGUAUCGACUGCUUUUAUUCAUUUAUUGGUACCUGCUGCUGAAGCAUUAGGAAAUGAUUGUUUAGGUGGAACAUUUGUAGAAUACCCUUGGGCUUUUGGUAUAUGUCUAAUGUCAUUAUUUUUAUUGUUUUUCACAGAAAUUAUCACUCAUUAUUUUAUGUCAAAAAGUUUAGAUAAUGAUCAUGGUGAUAGUGGACAUUCUCACUCACAUUUUGGAAACCAGAAUAAAGACAUAGAAAUCAACAGUCAUUUCUCAUCCGACGAAGAUGAGGUUGAUAAUAAAGAUAUCUCAGAAGAAAGAACAUACCAGAUGAAGUAUGAUUUCGAAUUAGAUACAAAAAAAGUCAAUGAACAGACAUCGCCAUUGUACUCUGUUUCUUCAUACGCACAAGUGGGUACAUCAUCUUCAAAAAAUAGCAUACUUCCUAAGGAAACAAAUAUAAAAUUAAAACAACUGGAAUCAAUUCCAGGCAAAAAUCAUUAUUCUCAUGAUAAAAACCAUCAAGAUCCUUCACAGUUGGGUACUCCUGUAGAAGAAAUAGAUAAGGAACAAUACUUAGGUCAAAUUGUUGGUGUAACAAUUUUAGAAAUUGGUGUCAUAUUUCAUUCCAUCUUUGUUGGGCUAUCUUUAGCAGUCUCUGGUGAAGAAUUCAUUACAUUAUUCAUCGUUUUGGUUUUCCACCAGAUGUUCGAAGGUUUGGGUUUAGGUACCAGAUUGGCAGAAGCAAACUGGCCGCAUAGUAAAAGAUAUACACCAUGGCUGAUGGCUCUGGGUUUUACUUUAACUACACCAAUUGCAAUUGCCAUUGGUAUUGGUGUCAGAUACUCAUGGAUCCCUGGUUCCCGGAAAUCAUUAAUUGCCAAUGGUGUUUUCGAUGCGAUUUCAUCAGGUAUUUUGAUUUAUACAGGUUUAGUAGAAUUAAUGGCACAUGAAUUUCUAUUUUCUAAUCAAUUCAAGGGUCCUGGUGGAUUUAAAAGGAUGCUUUCAGCAUACUUUGUUAUGUGUUGUGGUGCUGCUCUAAUGGCAGUAUUGGGGAGAUGGGCUUGA